UCGCCAACAGUUCCACGUUUGGACUCAUCGCGUUAAGUUUUGUACGUACAAGCGUUGUACGGUCGGUUAAAAAGCGAAAGUGGCGACCCAUUUAACGGAAACAAUAUUUUUAUUUAAUGUUUUUUAAUAAAUAAAUACAUAUGUAAAUACAUAUAUGCAUAUGAGAACGUAAAUGUGCAAUAGUUUGUUUUACAAAUUUAUGUUUACUUAUUAGUUAAGUCGCUAAUUUAGUUAAAUUGCUAAUUUAGUUAAAUUGCUAAUUUAGUUAAAAAUAUCAUUUUAAUAAUUAUUUAAUAAAAGUUUUUAAAUAACUGAUAUGGCCACGCAAAAUGAAAUACCUCCACUUAAGCGUGCUGCUUUACAAGUGGUCGCUGGCGGGUCUGCCGGAUUUGUGGAAGUCUGUAUAAUGCAACCACUUGACGUGGUAAAAACACGGAUGCAAUUACAAAACACAACAAAAGCCAUCGGUGAGAAUCAUUAUAAAGGUGUGUUUGACUGUUUUGCGAAAAUGUAUCGCAAUGAAGGAUUAUUUUCGUUUUGGAAAGGUAUUCUUCCACCAGUGAUAGCUGAAACACCAAAACGUGCCAUUAAAUUCGUUUGUUUUGAACAAACGAAACCAUUGUUUUUAUUUGGAGCUCCUGCACCAACUCCAUUGACAUUUUCUCUUGCGGGCUUGACAGCAGGUUUGGUUGAAGCUAUUGCCGUCAAUCCAUUUGAGGUUGUUAAAGUGGCACAACAAGCAGAUCGUACAAAGAUGAAAGAAACUCUUGGCACUUGGGCAGUUACAAAAAGAAUCGUUCAACAGGACGGUCUUGGUUUUCGUGGUUUAAAUAAAGGCGUUACAGCAACUAUGGGUCGUAAUGGUGUUUUUAAUAUGGUUUAUUUCGGUUUUUAUCACAGUGUCAAAAAUAUUGUACCUGCUUAUGAAGAUAAUACAAAAGAGUUCUUCCGUAAAGUACUUAUUGGCUUCACAUCUGGCACUCUGGCCUGCUUUGUAAAUAUACCUUUCGAUGUUGCAAAAUCACGUAUACAAGGUCCACAACCACAACCGGGUAUAAUAAAAUACAAAUCAACAUUCGGUUCUAUUGCUACAGUUUACAGAGAAGAAGGAUUCCGUGCAUUGUACAAAGGUUUGGUACCGAAAGUUAUGAGAUUGGGUCCAGGUGGUGCAAUUAUGUUAUUAGUAUUUGAGUAUGCUUAUGAAUUUUUACAAAAGAAAUGCAUUUAAUUUUUUAAAUAAUUUGUUAAUAUUGUAAUAAA